CUGGAACCCCAUAUUCACCAUUACGUCAGAGUACAGCAACUUGGACUUUGAACCCAUAUUUUUAUCGAAGUUAGUAGUUGUACGUGUAUAAAAGCAGCUGAUUGACGAAAUACGAGUAAUUUUGUCUUUUACAAAGCAACUGAAUAACUGAUCAGGAGGAGUAUAAUGGAACCAGAAAGAGAACAGGAGCAAUUUGUCAGCCGCUUGGCCAGUCUGCCAGUGGUCAGCACUGCGGUCACUCAGACGUGCAAUCUGUAUCAACGAACCAAGGAAAGCAACCAGCUGUUCCGUGCAUCACUGAAUCUGGCCGAAUCCAGCAUCAAGUCUGUUGCUGAGACUUCUAAACCAUACCUGGAGAAAUACCAACCCCAGUUGGAUGCAGUGAACAAGAUUGCAUGUGACCAGUUGGAGAAAUUGGAGGAGAGAUACCCAGCUAUUACCAAACCUACGGAUGAGCUGGUGAACGAUGGAAAGGAGGCUUGCCAGGCUGUUCUUAAGCCAGCCAUUGACAGAGUGAAUGCCGUGAAGCAGUAUGGCUCUGAUAAGUACAACCAAGGAAAGGAACAGGUGGAUAAAGUGAUGCAGUAUGGACAGAGUACAGUACAAUCUGUGAAGGAUAUGGGUAUGACUGUGGUGUCCAAGUCAAUGGAGACGACCUAUGGUCAGUAUGUGGCCGAGAAAAUGAAUGAUGCCCUCACUGUCUCUGAGGACUACAUCAACAAAUAUCUGCCACCAGAGGAGGGCGAAGAGAAAGAAAAUGAGUCAGACUCAGAGAAGGAAGAGGUGGAGAUGGAUGAAUACCCCCAGGACCCAGUGUCCAGAGCCCAGACUCUAACCACUAAAGUCCGCAGGCGGAUGUACAGACGGGCCGUCAAGGAAUUCAAGGGAAUACAACUCCGCAGCAAGGAAAAUCUCCAGAAACUCAACUUCACUGUAGACCUGAUUCAGUUUGCCAAGACCAAUAUGGACUCAGCUAAGGAAAAGUUGGGGGAAACAGUUGAAGCUACGCAGAACAAAAUCUCAAGCACCUGGUCAGAAAUCAAGGCAGAGAACCCCGACUUACCCGAUACUGUAGAGGGAAGAACAAUUGCAGUCGCGCGUCACGUCAGCCAGCAACUCCGACAAAGCAUCACAAGAGUUACCUCCCUGUUACCGGAAUCCGUUCAACCUAAAGCUGUACAAGAGAGAUUACAGGACGCCAAGGCCUUCACUGAAGAGUUAUACCAGUCAUUUCAAAAAGUUGAGAGAUAUGAAGAUGUUCCGGCUUGGGUGUUGACCCAGACAAAGGAGAGGGUGACUCAUUUACAGGAAACCCUCAGUUACCUGACAGAGAAGCUUCUAACAGGCCCCCUCCACUGGCUGUCGAUGGAUUUGGAGAUUGAGGACCUGAACCUUGAGGAUCCAGACUAUCACCCGGAGUGUAAUGGUCACGUGCCCAAUCUGACCACGGACCACAAUGGACGAUUUGUCAUGAAUUGAUCAAAGAAAAACACUCAAUCCCUCUCAACUUACAUGCAUUGCUUUUGUUUUUUCCCGUGAAAUUCUUAUUAUAAGUUUGAUAAUUGUAAGUCUUGGUGACAAUAUUAAAAAUGUAGUAGUCAGGUCCGUAUUAAUACAACACAAUGCAUAAUUAUAAUAUACUUCAGCUUUAAAAAAAUCAUUACAGCUGUAAUGUGCUUAACAGGAAAGUCUGAAAUCAUAUCUUUUGUUGUCUGGUGAAAUUUAGAUAAAAUCAUAUAAUCUACUUAAUUCCACAUUUGUAAAAUUUUGAGGAAAGUUAGAUGACGCAAAUAAACAUAAUCAUUCUGCUUUACAUUCAAUUUGUUUCACCAUGUUAUAAUUCAUGUAUAAAUAAAAACGAUAUACCGGAACAAAGCUUUUGUAUCCCAAGAAUAUACAUGUACAAUAUUACAUGUAUAGUAUAUAAAAAUUCAAUUAUAUAUAAAGAGGGAAGUUUCCCACAAAUUGUAUUCUUAAAUGAACAAUAAAAAUAAAAUAACUAGAUGUAUACAUGGUAUAUGUGCAACUUUCAGUUCCCUUUGUAAAUUAAACUCGGUUCGCUUUUUCUUCUGAUUUGGCGUUGUCAUGUUUAAAAGAACCUAGUUGCAGUAUUUGUUCAUUCUUGGCUUAUUUCGUAAGGUACAGGCCGUCUUUGCCCGUACGUCUUUAGUAUGUUUGUUUGUGUUUUGUUUUGUUUCGUAUUACGUAUACUACAUCAGUUACUUCAGAGUAUUUACUGAUCUAUUCAUUUAAAAUGUAAUGUGCAAUAAAAAGUUUUACAAAACAG